CAUAAAACAAUCUAGACCAUGUCGACAUGAAUGACCCCGUUUAUGUGGCAGGAUAAUUUUCGGUUGUAGGUUUUGGGAGUGGAGGGUGCGUUUCGAGGAAGACAAGCAAGCCAUGACGAUUGCGAAUUCGUGGCGGAUUCCGAAUCAAGCGCUGGAUCCAUGGCCAAGACCUUUGUGCAUGGGGGCACAGAGCCUGUUCUCACGGGGUGAGAGAGUGUGUGAUCGUGCGAGACCCGGGGGACUUGGAGACGCCGACGCGAGGCCUCAGAAAUCGAUGCGGGUAUGCCACGAAUGCCCCGCUUCGCCGUGACCUCAUAGACGCGUUCCAGACUAGGACGGCGAGGACCGGGGACGGUUGUCGCUGUCGCGACAGAGUUGGGCCCUUUUUGUUGGUCCCAAGUGAAGGUGUCCGGGUCUGGACUCGUUCAAUCUCUCACUCUCCAGUUUUGUUAGGUGGGUUCGGACGGGACUGAGUCCUGGCCGCUAGGAUAUAUAGUGUGAGGAAAAAAGAGUGAGGUGGAGUUUGUAUUUCAACGCGAGAUUCGAGUUGGGUAAAUCUUAUUUUGAAUUGAAGAAGUUUUUAAUUUGGAAGGAAUUGAGGGUGAUGGUGUGAUCCAUGGGAAGCCGAUCAGUACAAGGCUUCGUGAGGAGGUCGACUUGCUAGCUCGCUAUCGCCGGCACCAUCAAAUUUCAAGGAUUGUUGGGAGGUAUAGCUGGGUUUGCAACCUCACCAAGCAGGUGUGUUAGUCUGUGGGGAGGGAAGCGAGCGGAAGGAAUUACGACAAGUAGCAUCUAAUUCUAAUCAGCACUCUCCCUAUUCAUCCAGGGCUGUCAUUCAACUAAUCUGUACAUUUCCCUCAUCCGGCUGAAGUGAAGUGCUGGAGAGUGGAUCAAGCUUUGAAGACAUGUCGAUCAUCACACGUCUGAACGGCACCUAUGGAACCUCCUUUCUGCUCCUGGUGUUGCUGGGCUAUUUCACGCAGGGAUUGAGGUGUUUCCCUUGGACAGCCAUGAGCUACUGGUACAAGGACACUCUAAAGGUUGAUCCUGGCCAGAUGCAAUUCCUGAUGUCAACAGCUACUUUACCCAUGGUUGCAAAACCAGUCUAUGGGAUUAUCUCCGACUCUGUCUACAUCAAAGGUGCACAUCGUGUGCCAUACUUAAUUAUUGCAGGAGCACUUCAGUUGUUCGCUUGGACUGCCAUAGUUGUGCACUCUGGGGCUUCUUCAUCGGCUGCUAUGUUAACGGCCUUCCUAACUAUCACGAACUUAGGAGGUGCAAUUUCGGAGGUGGUGAAUGAUGCCAUGAUUGCUGAAGCUGGAAAGAACAAGGUAGGUGCACAGCAAGGUGAGUUACAGUCCUUCGCCUGGCUAGCCUUGGCCUCGGGAGGUGUAGUCGGAAACUUAACAGCCGGGUACGCGAUGAAAGUUGUGCCUCCGCAAGUGAUGCUCGCCAUAUUCAUAAUCCUUAUAGCUACGCAGCUGCUUCUAGCUCUCACUGUGAGUGAGCACUCUUUCGCUUUGGGGCCCAUCAAAAAGGACACAGACGAUAACCCAGAACAGAAAUCUCACGAAAGGCAGAAAGAUGCAGGCGCAGCCAUGCGGGAGCAAAUCACUAAACUGAAAGAAUCACUUCAGAAGCCUGAGAUAUUCAAGCCUCUCCUAUGGUUUCUCUCGUCGUAUGCAGUAAUCCCGGGACUUGGAAGCGCUUUAUUCUACUAUCAAACGCAGUACCUGCGCUUGGGCGCGUCGGUGAUUGGGCUGGCAAGGGUGAUCGGCCAAGUGGGGCUGCUCUUCGGGAGCAUGUUGUACAACAAGUGCCUCAAGGAUGUGCCUAUCCGGCGCAUGUUUGCAACUGUCCAGAUCCUGCUCUCGCUGUGCAUGCUAACGGACAUUCUGCUGGUGAACCGGAUCAACUUGGAGUUUGGCAUUCCAGACAAGUGGUUCGUGUUGGGAGCAUCAGCGUUUGUGGAAGCUAUUGGUCAGUUUAAGAUUCUCCCCUUCAUGGUUCUGUUGGCAAAGCUCUGCCCUCCUGGCAGUGAAGCCUCGCUUUUCGCUUUCUUCAUGUCUGCUCAGUGCCUUGCUAGUCUGACAAAUGGCUACCUGGGCGUUGUUCUCGCUUCCUCUCUCCGUAUCUCUGGUAAUGAUUUCUCAGGGUUACCCCUUGGCAUUUUCAUUCAAGCUUUCUUUGCUUUAAUCCCUGUUCUCUGGAUCGGUUUGAUACCGUCCGAGCCCAAAACUGUUGCAGUUUCCCAGUCAGACGAAAUUGAAACUAAGAAAGAGCUGUAGAACAAUUUUCUCUUUUUUUCUUCUGCCCUUUCUGAAUUAUAUGCAUCUUUUUCCCAGGUUCUUGUCAGAUGAUCUAGCAUGUAAAUUUACUCAGUGCAUUUUUAGUCAUUAAUAUAGGUUAUGGGUUUUACAUUUCCUACUCAAGCCCAGUAGAACAGCAAUAGAAACUGGUGGAAGGAAAGCCGAUUCUCCUGGUACUGUAUGGAUGAACCACUGUUAAAAAUGUAAAUGAUGUCUAUGUCUAUUAUUUAACUUUACAAGCAUUUUGUUUU